AUGUCCUCAGACUCAGAUACGGCCGCGCUACACGAGUGUGCGCAGGAGACGAGCGAUUCAACAGGAAUCACAUCCGAGUCGGCGGAGCAGCCAAAGUCGCCACGGCCAAAACCUGCAUACAGAGGACCUCUACCCCGGCCGCCCGCCAACGUCGCGGAUCACGGCAGGACGCCUUCAACCAGUGGUCUGGAAGACCAACUCAGCCCGGGAGCUAUAGAUAGAGUGUUCCCGAUCCGGUCGGUAGUGUCUGUGGAUCCCACGCCGACCCCAACUCAUCGUAACGGCAAGCAACGUGACGAAUAUUUUGGAUCCGUGGCCAAGCAACGCCGCCGGUCCAUGAACACGGCCAGCUCACAAAGGACUCAAGAUCGAAGAUAUGGGAGUGGGGCGGCACAAAGUCAAGGAUCUGACAGCGAGCGCAGCAGAGCACGGUCGCCACGUGCCGCUCAGCAAGCGGGUCGAAAAGUUAGGGAAGGUUCGACGUCGACUGCAACUACUGAGUCUGCGUCUUCUGAUAGACCUACACCACAGCCAGGCAAUUCUGGUGCGGAUCAACAGCAAUCGCUGGGCGACCUCAUGGGACAAGGUAACCACGCUGACAGUGAGCGCGGCACGCAUUGUAGUGAGCGGCCGACAUCUGAACGAUCACAUUCAAGGAUGAGUGGCAGAAGUGGUAGCCUUGACGAAAUUGGUCCAUUAAUCACAGCGAGGUUCAAGCACGUGGUCACCGAAGGUGGACAUGCGAUCAUCACGGGACGAGACGGCGAGACCUUACAGCGCUGUGAAGACGAACCCAUCCACAUACCAGGCGCUGUGCAAGGAUUUGGGCUUUUGAUAGCACUGGAAGAACGGUCUGAAGGUCGACUGCUGGUUCGAGUGGUCAGCGAGAACUCCAAACGCAUGAUCGGAUAUACGCCUAAGCAACUCUUCUCGCUCAACAGCUUGACCGACAUCCUAUCGGAGGAGCAAUCGGACAACCUGCUCGAUCAUGUCGACUUCAUACGUGAUGAGGACGCGGAUAUUAUCAGCACCGGCCCGGAAGUCUUCACCAUUUCUAUCCGGUCACCCCAGAGGAAGAACCAGAAGUUUUGGUGCGCCAUGCAUAUUAAUCAACAGAAUCCGGAUCUGAUAAUUUGCGAAUUUGAGCUAGAGGACGAUCCCGUCAACCCUCUCGUACCACCCAAUGAAGCCACCCCCGAGCCGCCAGAGGACACACUCAGUUCUGAACCUUCCCAAGAAGAGUUGGCCGAGAGCACGUUGAAUAUCAGCAAACCUUUGCGCGUACUCAAGUCGGCUCGGAAAAGAAAGGGCGAGGCCGCCGUCAUGGAAGUCUUCAACAUCAUGUCUCAAGUGCAAGAACAGCUUGCUGCUGCCCCGAAUCUCGAACGCUUCCUCCGGAUAUUAGUCGGAGUCGUGAAGGAGCUGACAGGCUUUCACCGUGUUAUGAUCUACCAGUUCGACCAAUCGUGGAGUGGACGCGUCGUGACCGAGCUUGUCGACCCACGAGCAACCAAGGAUCUGUACAAAGGCUUGAACUUCCCGGCGUCUGAUAUCCCGAAACAGGCUCGUGAUCUGUACAAGAUCAAUAAGGUCCGUAUGCUCUAUGACCGAGAUCAGGAGACGGCUCGAUUGGUAUGCCGGACAGUAGAGGACCUUGAUACACCACUCGAUCUGACGUACAGCUAUCUACGAGCCAUGUCACCCAUUCACGUAAAGUACUUGGCCAACAUGGCAGUGCGAAGCAGUAUGUCCAUCUCUAUCAAUGCUUUCGAAGAGCUCUGGGGUUUGGUCUCGUGCCACGGAUAUGGUGCAAAGGGCAUGCGGGUUUCCUUUCCGAUCCGUAAGAUGUGCCGGUUGGUUGGCGAUAGUGCAUCGAGAAACAUAGAGCGUCUGUCAUAUGCAUCACGGCUGCAAGCCCGGAAACUCAUUAACACUGCGCCAACUCAAAGCAAUCCUUCUGGCUACAUCAUCGCGAGCUCGGAAGACCUGCUGAAGCUCUUCGAUGCUGAUUUCGGCCUGCUGAAUAUCCGCGGCGAGACGAAGAUUCUUGGCCAGCUGGACGAGUCUCACGAGGCGCUGGCGAUGUUGGAGUACCUUAGGAUGCGAAGCAUUUCCAACGUCGUGACCUCACAGGAUAUCAAGGCGGACUUCCCUGAUCUGCGCUACGGACCAGGCUUCACCGUUAUCGCUGGCAUGCUAUUGGUUCCACUUUCUGCUGGUGGACAAGACUUUAUUGUGUUCUUCCGGAGAGGCCAGACGAGAGAGGUCAAAUGGGCCGGCAACCCUUACGAGAAGUUCAUCAAGGAAGGCACGGAGGGAUAUCUCGAGCCUCGGAAGUCGUUUAAGACAUGGUCCGAGACCGUGGUCGGCAAAUGUCGAGAUUGGACGGAGGAAGAGAUAGAAACUGCUGCCGUGCUUUGCUUGGUCUACGGUAAAUUUAUAGAAGUCUGGCGGCAGAAGGAGGCGGCGUUGCAGAGCUCACAGCUUACGAAAUUGCUACUUGCGAACUCGGCACACGAGGUGCGAACACCACUCAAUGCUAUCAUCAAUUACCUCGAGAUCGCACUCGAGGGCGCGCUCGAUCAGGAGACGCGGGAGAAUCUCGCCAAGUCACAUUCGGCGUCGAAGUCCCUCAUCUAUGUUAUCAACGACCUGCUUGAUCUCACCAAGACGGAAGAGGGGGGCGACUUGACCCGAGACGAGAUUUUCGAAUUGAAGCCGAUGCUACUGGAAGCGACCGAUAUGUUUAAGGGGGACGCCGUUCGCAAGAGCAUCUCGUACGAGGUCGUGGAUCUACCUGGCCUGCCGAAGGAGGUCAUUGGCGAUGGCCGACGGGUCAGACAAGCCAUCAGCAACGUCACUGCUAAUGCAAUCCAGAACACGACCGAAGGUGGAGUGAAGGUGGAGAUGUGUCUUGUCAGUAGAGAAGAGAGACAUGUCGAUGUCGAGAUCAGCAUCUCCGACACUGGUGUGGGCAUGAAUGCCAAGAAGCUCGAUGCCCUCUUCAGAGAGCUCGAGCAGGUGCAAAGCGAGGGCAACCAGACAGAAUUCGCGGCUGUACUGCCAGACACCAAGCAGCUAACUGACGGUUCUGCCGCGGCCGACAAAGAGCGCACUCUCGGGCUCGGCCUUGCACUCGUGGCACGCAUCAUCCGGAACAUGAACGGACAGCUGCGGCUGAAGUCAGAGGAAGGGAAAGGCUCACGCUUUGUCAUACAAUUUCCUUUCGACCUGCCAGACACCGAGGGGGAACAGAAAGCACCAAGGGCGCCUGAUAGCAGUGCUGGAACCGUUACGCCACACGCCGAUACUCCAGCAACGCCACCACUAGAGGGUGAGGUGACGCUGAUCGACCGUAACAGCAGUGCUCGUCGACCCUCGAGUGCGGACAGAGGACACAUGUCGCGAAAGAAUAGCGGUGGGAGCAACUUGAGCCGCAAAAGCAUGGGAUCGAUGAACUCCGCAAACAGCAACCUGAGCUACACGUCGAAUCGCAGCAAUCGAAGCGAGGCGGAUCGGCUCAUCGACGCCAUCUCCGAGCCUCAUCGGGUGGAAGGCUGGCACCAUGACGGCGUGGAGAGGUCCGUUACUCGUGGCAACAAGGGAAAAGGUGGUAGCUCUACCAAGCCUAGAUUAGAGAAGAGACACACGACUGGCGUUGAUGCUGCGGGAAGUCCGCUGAAACAACGACCUGCUUCUGGAGAGGUGGGCCCCCAACGGCAGCGGCCAGCACCGAGACCGGGCACAUCCGCAGUCGAGGGCCAGGGCCAGCCGAUUCGAUCGAUCAGGAUACCGGACGGCGUCGUUUUGUCUUCAGGUGGGACUGCACAGUCUGCGGAAUCGUCCAAUGCGGAUGCUAGCCGCUAUGCCGACCGCUCUGCUCUGCCGGAGAAGGUCGACGAACCGGCUACAGCUGAUCAUAUGCGUGUGCUCGUUGCAGAAGACGAUCCGGUGAAUAGUAGGAUCAUCAAGAAGCGGCUUGAGAAGCUGGGACAUGAGGUCGUGUUGACUGUUAAUGGCGAGGAGUGCUCGAGCCUGUACGGGGAGAAGUCUGGGUAUUUCGAUAUCAUCCUCAUGGACAUGCAAAUGCCCAUUGUGGAUGGUCUGACGUCUACCAAGAUGAUUCGCUCUUAUGAGAAAUCCCACCCUACGCAUCUACUAUCUACACGUGCUUCGCUUAACGGACGAUUACCGAUCAUUGCCGUCUCGGCCUCCCUUAUCGAGAGGGAGCGUCAAACGUACAUCGACGGCGGCUUCGACGGCUGGAUCCUCAAGCCCAUUUCUUUCCCACGCCUCAGCGAGAUCAUGAAGGGUAUCGUGGAGCGGAAAGUGCGGAAGGAGAAUUUAUACGCCAAUGGUCGGUGGGAAAAGGGAGGCUGGUUCUCGGAAGCCCAGGAUGAUGUUUUCGCCGCCAAUACCAAGCCCAGCCAGAAACCGCCGACGGGAGGGCCGAUAUUGAAAGCCGACUCGGAUGCGGUGGAGCUGGCGGCCGCUUCGGACGAUCCCAUGACGAAAGAAGAAGAGGACAGUGAGCAGACGCGCGAACAGGAGCGUCUGGAUGCGGAGCAGGGGGCGAAGCAGGAGGAGGCGGCUAUGAAAGCAUCUAGUCUGCCUGAGCUGGGGAGUAUAAAAUACAAGCGAAACGGUGGACGAGGUGGGGACGAAAGGCCUGGGAGUGUGAGCGGGAGUGUGCAGGAGAGCGAGGUCACGAUUAGGCGGGCGCCGUAG